AUGGCAGAGAGACCGCCAGUCAGACAGCCUGUAGGCGCGGGGCCGACACGGACGCGUAUGGGUGCUAACAGUGUCCGGCGCAACCUCUUUCAAAGCCAAUUGACCCGGCGACCAACUUCAAAUCCAUCCACGUCGGCCGAGACAUUGAGGCUGGAUACAGACAUCCAGUCCGAGUCCUCGGAUAUCGUUGUGCGGGACAAGAACGGCGAUAUCGAAAUGGGAGACCCUCCCACCCCUGCCACUGAUGAUCCAGACGAGGUUGUGCUCGAUAGCAGACAGGAGAGCGAGAAAGAGAGGCAAAGGCUUGCAGAUGCGGUUAAACAUCACCAGAUCAACCAGAAUAGUGUUCCUUCUCAGCCGGAAGAACUUCUCGAGGCCGUCAGAGCAAGUCUCCGGGCCAAAGUCGCAGCGCUCGCUGAAGACAACUGGAUGUAUGAAGCAGAAGAUAUGCCCAGGCGCCUAUGA